AUGUCGCAGAAGGCAUCACUACCCCAGGGGCAGGAAGAGUUCGUGGAAUCCAUUGAGCCCGAGCAGUUGCAGAACGUGCCACCACCCAAAGAUGGCGCAGGAAGUCAACCAAAAGGCGAUCAAGCUCUGCAGCUCAUCCAAGAAGCAGGCCAUUCGAGCAUUCUGACCCCCGAAAACAACGCCAAAGUUCUUCGAAAGAUCGAUUUGCGUCUGCUCCCCAUUCUUCUGGGAAUCUACUUUCUCCAGCAGCUAGACAAAUCAACCAUUUCAUAUGCCUCGGUUUUCGGAAUUGUCGAGAAAGCAAACCUCCAAGGUCAAGAGUACUCUUGGCUCGGUGGCUCAAUCUACUUGGCCCAGCUGGUAUUUCAACCCCUGGUCGCUUACGUCUUGGUCAAAGUUCCCCUAGCAAAGUUCCUCGCGGCAUCAUGUCUUCUAUGGGGCAUUGCUUUGACAUGUAUGACCGCAGCAACAAACUUCCGGGAGUUGCUUGUUUGUCGGAUAUUCCUUGGUAUCUUUGAGGCUGGAAUCGGUACGUUGUCUCCCCACUCGUCAAGGUCACUUCUAAUGAGAAUUGCCCCACUAGCCCCGGCCUUCAUCGCAGUCACACAAAUGUGGUACCGACGUCGUGAACAGCCAGUGAGACUAAGUUCAUGGUAUGCUAUGAAUGGAGUCGUGAAUAUGUUUGGAAGUUUGAUUGCCUUUGGACUGGGCCAUAUCAAAUCCUCUAUAUUCGCGCCCUACCAAAUUAUCUUUCUGUUCUUCGGUCUAGUAACCGUUGGAUUCUCUGCCGUCAUUCUCAUUUUUAUGCCCGAUUCCCCCGUAUCGGCUAAGUUCCUGGGAGAAGAAGACAAGCUACUGUCCAUCGAGAGACAACGAAUGAACCAGCAGGGUGUUGAAAGCCAAGAAUGGAAAUGGGACCAUGCGAAAGAAGCAUUGCUAGACCCAAAGUCAUGGUUCUGGUUUGCAUUGAUGUUCUCAAUCUCUGUCCCAAGCGGAGGCAUUACUACAUUCGGCCCCUUGAUCAUCAAAUCUUUUGGACUCAGCGAAUAUGAUACCAUGCUUUUCAAUAUUCCAUUCGGUGCUGUUCAGCUCGUCGCAACAAUGGGAGGAGCAUGGCUGGCGACCUUUUGGAACAUGAAGAGCCCGGUCUUAGCCUUGCUCUGCCUCCCACCAAUCGCUGGCUGUGUGAUGCUCCUGCAGAUUGCGCACGACAAUGCCCACAAAGGACCAUUACUUGCAGGAUACUAUAUCGUGACACCACUGAUCUACUCAUGGUCUGCAGGAAACACAGCGGGAGAGACAAAAAAGAAAGUUACUACCGCUAUCCUAUAUGUCGGACAGUGCGCUGGUAAUGUUCUCGGACCAAAUCUCUACACCACCGCUGAAGCACCACUAUAUCGGCGAGGUCUACUUUCAAAUCUCGCACUGUUUUGCGUAUUGAUAGGUCUUACCGGAGCUAACUCGGCAUACCUUUAUUAUUUGAACAAACAACACGAAAAGAGACGUGUUGCUGUCGGAAAGAGUGCCAAGAUUGUAGACCAGUCGAUGCAGGCCGUGCAAGCAGUAUCCGACGACAAAGAAGAUUUGCCUCAACAACCAGCAGAUGACAACGCUUGGAAAGACCUGACUGAUUGGCAAAACGAGGACUUUGUUUAUGUUUUCUAA